AUGAAGAAUCCUAGUUUUGAUUGGGAAAGACUGAAAGAUGUAUUUUAUAGGAAUAGAACCAUUGGCGAGUUAAAAUGGCCAGCCCAAUAUGAGGAUUUCAGAUGUGCCUUGUCGUUAACCGUCAUUGCUGUAGAAAUUCAAGACUUUAUACAGAUAUACAACUACUUUGGGCAGUUGCUAGGUAAGAUUAAUUUACGAAAAAUACAUGAAGACGUGGUAAAAUUUGAAUUCAAUAAAGACGAGAAGCUGAUACUGGUUACGAAGAACUCCAUAAAAAUUGUAAAUAAUAUAUCGCCACUAACGAUAGAAACGGUGACAUUGGAAGAAUCAAUCAUUGACACUAUUUGGGAUUACCAUAAUGGAAUCAUGUUGCUUAAUAAAUCUCGUGAUAUAUACAAGUUAAAUGAAAAUAAAUGGGAACUUCUUUAUGAGAACAAAGAUAGGAAAUACAAUCUGUUGACAAAGAACCACUGGAGUUGCAAUAAUGACAUUAUAAUCCUGCUGGAUGUUGACCACGUAUAUGAAGUGAGCACUUUAAAUGGAACACUAUUGAAGUUAAUUGCAGAUUCAUCAUGGCACAAAGUAACGAUUUCAUCUAGAGGGUUUAUUUGUCUUUAUAACAUGAAGUAUAAUAAAUUACAAAUCUUCAAAGACCCAGCAAGAAUACUAAUGGAACACGACCUCGAUUCUACACCAGAUGAUAUAUGUUGGUGUGGCAAUGAUACUGUUGCUUGUUCUUUCGAAGAUGAAAUUAAGUUAUAUGGGCCGGAUGGCCUCUAUGUAACAUUUUGGUAUCCCUUUACUGUAGCUAAUCUACGGGCAGAAAUUGAUGGUCUGAAGGUUAUUACUACGGAGAAGAUUUACUUUUUAUCAAGAGUACAACCUCAAACUUCUAGCAUCUUUAGAAUCGGCUCAACUGAGCCAGGAGCCAUGCUAGUUGACUCGUUUAGUUUGCUAGAGGACCACGCGCCUAAGGCAAUUGAAAUAUUGAAGAACUUCGUCUUGGAGAAGGGUGUGUUGGACUGUAUUGUUGCCGCAAUAGACGAAUUUGAACCCAAACUACAGAAAAUGUUAUUGAAUGCAGCAUCGUUUGGGAAAGCUUCUUUGCAGUAUAAAUCCUUUGACGCAAAUAUAUUUGUAGAUGCCUGUAAUACUAUAAAAUUAUUAAACUGCUUCAGAAGUUUUGGUCUUUUUUUGACUGCGGAGCAGCACAAGAGUAUCACUUUGAAGGGUGUAAUUGAUAGGUUGCUGAUGUAUCACAAGUAUUAUGAAUGCGUACAGAUAUGCAGAUUGGCUAAUAAAAGGUCUCUUUUAGGAUACGUAUUUACUGAGUGGGCAAAAGACAAAAUUAAAGAAAAUCCUGAUAUGGAAGAUGAUGAGUUGUUAGAAAAAAUAAAAUCCAGACUAAAUGAUAUAGGGGUAAUGGAUACAAUACAGAUGGUAACUAUUGCGAAAAUUGCAUAUUUCGAAGGAAGGUUCCAACUAUCCCGUAGUCUAGCUUUAUUAGAGAAGAACGAAGAAGCUAAAAUCGAACAGCUGCUUGACCUUGAUGAUAAUAGUCUGGCACUAAAAGAAUGUAUUAAACUACAAAAUCCUAGUUUAACGGUUUCUUUAUUGAUUGCGCUCUCGAAGAAGUUAACAAACUCCCAGCUAACAAAGCUUUUAACUAUCGAUAUGUUCAACGACCCCUUGUAUCUCUAUUAUAUGAGGAUGGAUAAAGCUUAUUUAUACGAUUUCUACCGCCAAACAGACCGAUUUAUUGACCUGGCUCACGUAUUAUUGCAGCAAGGAAAAGAAAAACAAUCAUUACACAGCUUUUUACCACAGAUCAAAGAUCUUUAUAGCAAAAUCCAGAAUAGUGAAAUGGUCAGUAACUCUAUAGAACAGCUUCAAAGACAAGAAAAAUUAUGGAUAUACCAGGAAUCAUUAGGGAAAAGAUUUGGUAUCACGUUCACUAACAUGACUCUGGAUCAAACGCUUUCAAAAUUAAUCGAAACAGGUCAAGACAAACAGGUGAAGGAAAUAGUUAAAAAAUUCAAAGUGAAUGAAAAAAAGUUGUAUCACCUAAAAUGUAGAACUUUAGUUGAGGCCAAGAAAUUUGACCAACUAUUGCAGUUUUCUCAGUCAAAGAAAUCACCAAUUGGCUAUAUGCCAUUUUAUACAUAUUUGAAAAGCAGAGGGCACAUAAAAGAAGCUGCUCCCUAUGUUAGUAUGAUAUCCGGUCUUUCUUACCAGAAAAAAAAGAAGCUUUACAUGGACUGUAAGAGCUUUCGCGAUGCAAUUCAACUAGCGGGAAAGGAGAAAGAUAUUCCAGGUCUGAAGGAAAUAUACAAUAAUAUACCUUCUAACGAGCCAGAGUUAAAAGCGUUUGCAAACGAAACAAUGAGCAGGAUAUAG